AGUAUAACUUAACGAAAUAGUCAACAUGUUUAAUUUUUUCCUAUUCAUCCUAUCGUUUCUAUUGGAACUUCCUACGAGGGAAACUGAGCGUCCUCCGGCAAACGGACAAAAUCAGGAAGAAGCUCGCGACUUUGAAUUCUUUGACACCCUUCCGAACCAUCUAAACGGUCAUGAAGAGGUUGUUGACUUGCCAGACGAGUGGCUUCAGCUCCCUGCCCCACAAAUGUCCAGGAUUCUCAGCCAUAUUAACAUUGGCGAAGUAAGAGGUCCUGGAUAUUUUUUCUAUCCGGGGAUAGGGGACUACUUCUGGUUCGUCACUACCGGGAUUCGGGUAAGGCCCGCCGUUCCGGUAGCAGAGGUUCAAGAGGGAAGGCGACUGUUCCGUCCGCGAGAUCCUCCUGCCCCAUUGCGGAGACCUCACAACCCUCCUCGGUGAAAGUGGACAAUGUGGACAAUUUUAUUAGUGAUGUUUUGUGUUUUGGAUUUUUAUUUCGAAGUUCUU